ACUGAAGCUAUGCCCAGAGAGAGGAGCUCACCUUCUUUAAUGAAGAGGGGAGGAUACUGGAGGUGUACCGCCAGCCUACUGUUAUCUCUUCUGUAAUGAUGCCUCAGUGCUGAACGACAUCUACCAUAAACGUGCUAUGUGACAUCCAACAUGGGAGAUUGGAACCUGUUGGGAAGCAUCUUGGAGGAGGUUCACGUCCACUCCACCAUCGUGGGUAAAAUCUGGCUGACCAUCCUCUUUAUCUUCCGCAUGCUGAUCCUCGGGGUAGCCGCUGAGGACGUGUGGGAUGAUGAACAGAGCGAAUUUGUAUGCAACACUGAGCAGCCUGGGUGCAAGAACGUCUGCUAUGACCAAGCCUUUCCCAUAUCCCUCAUCAGGUACUGGGUCCUGCAGAUCAUCUUCGUCUCCUCACCAUCCCUGGUCUACAUGGGCCAUGCACUGUACCGACUGCGUGCUCUGGAAAAGGAAAGGCACAAGAAGAAAGCCCAGCUAAAGGUAGAACUGGAGGUGACAGAAGGCAUCAUGGACGAACACAAAAGGAUCGAGAAGGAGCUUAGGAAACUGGAGGAGCAGAAGAAGGUCAGGAAAGCUCCUUUGAGAGGCUCUUUACUGCGCACAUAUGUGUUUCAUAUCUUGACCAGGUCAGUGGUGGAAGUGGGUUUUAUCAUAGGUCAAUGUGCCCUCUAUGGGAUCGGAUUGGCCCCUAUUUACAAGUGUGAAAGAGACCCUUGCCCCAACAUUGUGGACUGUUUCGUGUCCAGACCAACUGAGAAAAACAUCUUCAUGAUCUUCAUGCUGGUCAUCGCUGGAGUGUCGCUCUUCUUGAACAUCUUGGAGAUCUUUCACCUAGGCGUCAAGAAGAUCAAGCAGAGCAUCUACGAAAGCAAGUACGGUGGAGACGAUGAGAGCAUUUGCAGGUCAAAGAAAAACUCCAUGGUGCAACAGAUAUGCAUACUCACCAAUUCCUCACCGCAGAAACUGAUGCAUGUAACCCAGGCACCCUACAUGGGGAUGCCCGAUGGGCAGUUAGAACCUUUGCCCCCCUAUCCACCCCUCAUUAAUGCUAGUGCCCCUAGACCCUCCAUAGGAGCAUCAAACGGUGAGGCACCACCAGCUGCAUUUAAUCACCAGUCUGAACAACAACGUCUCCCCAGCCAGCCUGAGAUUCAGGGGCUCCGGCAGAAUGGGGCCACAGAAAGACGCCAUACACUGGACGGCCGAGCCCUGUCCUUCAGCAGUGAAGAGUCUGGACCCAAGGGCUCCGGUCCACUGAAAAAUGUUGGACAGCAGCCUCGUGCAUCCCUUCAAGCCAGCAGCUUAGAGAUCCCAGCGUCCCUCCGGAACGCUGUGCGCAAACAAAGCCGGGUUAGUGCAUGCAAGGAUCUGAGUGAGGAGAGCGACUCUCCGGACAGCGACCAUUACCCUACGGCCAGAAAAGCCAGUUUCAUGUCUCGAGGGAUGUCAGAGAGCAGGCUGGCCAGUCUACCAGACAGUCCAGAGUCCAAGAGUGGCUCGGAAUCAGAGGCCAAACAGGUAGCUCAAGGGGAAAGUCCUGCCAUGACUCCACCACCUGCUGCUGGCCGGCGCAUGUCAAUGAGCAUGAUUCUGGAACUGUCCUCCAUCAUGAAAAAGUGAACUCUUGGAGAUCUGAGAUCUGAGCAUCAACCACUCUGCUGUUGCUCGAUAUCGCUUUGAGUUUCCUUCGCUUCAACAGCUACAUUCUGCACAGUUACUGGUAUAUAUUUUGUUCUGCUGAAACAUCUUGUCCAUGUUCAGUUCACCUUGCGUACAAAAGCUACUUUUAACUGAGUUACACUUUAGACCUAACGCACAUACACACAGUGGCACUCAUUUUUCUAUCUGUAAGAAGACACUGACUGAUUGACAAUUGAAUUUUUGCACUUGACAAUUAUGCUCAAAGAGCUACCAAUGAAUAUCUGUCAACUGAGAUUAAAAUCAUAGUUGAAAAAAAGUACAAUUACAUGUUUAUAAUUUUAACUAUGUUUUUGUCAUUUCAGUGUUUUUUUUACUAAGCUGAAUUAAGUAAAAGCAUUUAAAGCUAUUAAUUCACAAUAUUUAUUUAUGUAUGUGGGCUGUGUGCCAGUGCUAUCACUUGGUGAUAACACUGAAUCAGCAAAGGGCUGUAAUGUUUAUUUGACUGCUGUUCGUGACUUUGUAAAUCUAAUGAAAAUAUCCUUUAUGUCUUACCUUUAUAAACCCUUGUGUAGAAUAAAAUGCUUUUGUACUGAA